CUCGCGAGAGUUCCGGGGCGGCCGCGGCGGCGGCGGGAUGGGAGCGCCGAGAUGCCCCGGCACUGCUCCGCCGCCGGCUGCUGCACCCGCGACACCCGCGACACGCGCGGCAGAGGCAUCUCCUUCCACCGGCUGCCGCGGCGGGACGACCCGCGCCGGGCGCAGUGGCUGGAGAACAGCCGGCGGCAGGACCCGGCGGGGGGCGGGCGCUGGGACCCCAGCUCCAAAUACAUCUACUUCUGCUCGCAGCACUUCGAGCGCUCCUGCUUCGAGCUCGUGGGCUACAGUGGCUACCACCGCCUGAAGGAAGGAGCCGUCCCCACCGUGUUCGCCCCCGGCCCCCCCCGGCCCCCCCGGCCCAGGCCCCCCCCGGCCGGUGGCCCGAAAGCGCCGCGGGGCGCCCGCAGGUGGAGACGGAACCCCCUCCCUCCCCCGGCGCCCUCGCCGCUGCCCUCGGACGUCUCCUGCUUCCCGCGGGACUCCAAGGACCCCGGCCCGCCGCCGGCCGGCGACCACGGCGGGGUCCCGGCCCUGCCCGGCCCCUCGGGCUCCAUCCCAGAGACCCUGCUGGUGGCCACAGGCGACGAGGUGGCCACGAGCACGCCGGCCCUGCCCGAGGGAGCCCCGCCGAGCCCCGCGGGACCCCCGGCACCGCCGUCGCCGUCGCUGUUCAUGCUGCGGCUGCCGCCGCGCGCCGGCUCCUACAUCCAGAGCGAGCACAGCUACCAGGUGGGCAGCGCGCUGCUCUGGAAGCGCCGCGCCGAGGCCGCGCUGGACGCGCUGGACAAGGCCCAGAGGCAGCUCCAGGCCGGGAAACGCCGCGAGCAGCGCCUGCGGCUGCGCCUGGCCGAGCUGCAGAGGGAGAGGAGAGCGGGCUCCGAGCCGCGCAGGAGCUCCAAGGAGCGCCCGCAGCUGCUCGGGGACGCCGCGGGGCGCUGAGGAGCUGGAGGAGCUCCGAGGCUCGGAGGCGGCGCGGAGGUUUGUAAAUAAAGGAUUUCGCCCUGCGGCUGCGGCUGGUGGAGCUCCAGAGGGAAAAGAGGACAGGGGACUCCAAGCCACGGAGGAGCUCCAAGGAGUGCCCAGUGGAGCUCCAGAGGGAGAGGAGAGGGGACUCUGAGCCACGGAGGAGCUCCAAGGAGCACACGGAGCUGUGGCUGGUGGAGCUGCAGAGGGAGAGGAGAGGGGACUCCGAGCCACGGAGGAGCUCCAAGGAGUGCCCAGUGGAGCUCCAGAGGGAGAGGAGAGGGGACUCCGAGCUGUGGAGGAUCUCUAAGGAGCCAGCAGAGCUGUGGCUGGUGGAGCUCCAGAGGGAAAAGAGGACAGGGGACUCUGAGCCACGGUGGAGCUCCAAGGAGCACAUGGAGCUGUGGCUGGUGGAGCUCCAUAGGGAGAGAAGAGGGGACUUUGAGCCACGGAGGAGCUCCAAGGAGCCGGCGGAGCUGUAGCUUGCAGAGCUCCAGAGAGAGAGGAGAGCGAGUUCCAAGCCAUGGAGGAGCUCCAAGGAGGGCCCGGUGGAGCUCCAGAGGGAGAGGAGACUCCGAGCUGUGGAGGAGCUCCAAGGAACCAACGGAGAUGUGGCUGGUGGAGCUGCAGAGGGAAAAGAGGACAGGGGACUCUGAGCCAUGGAGGAGCUCCAAGGAGCACAUGGAGCUGUGGCUGGUGGAGCUCCAGAGGGAGAGAAGAGGGGACUUUGAGCCACGGAGGAGCUCCAAGGAGCGCCCGGUGGAGCUCCAGAGGGAGAGGAGAGGAGAGGGGACUCCAAGCUGUGGAGGAGCUCCAAGGAGCCAGCGGAGCUGUGGCUGGUGGAGCUGCAGAGGGAGAGGAGAGGGGACUUUGAGCCACGGAGGAGCUCCAAGGAGCGCCCAAUGGAGCUCCAGAGGGAGAGGAGAGGGGACUCCGAGCCAUGGAGCAGCUCCAAGGAGCCAGCAGAGCUGUAGCUUGCAGAGCUCCAGAGAGAGAGGAGAGCGAGUUCCAAGCCAUGGAGGAGCUCCAAGGAGCGCCCAAAGGAGCUCCAGAGGGAAAGGAGAGCAGGCCCCAAGCCAUGGAGGAGCUCCAAGGAGCACCCGGUGGAGCUGCGGAGGGAGAGGAGAGCAGGUUCUGAGCUGCGGAGGAGCUCCAAGGAGCACACGGAGCUGUGGCUGGUGGAGCUCCAGAGGGAGAGGAGAGCGGGCUCCGAGCCGCGGAGGAGCUCCAAGGAGCGCCCGGUGGAGCUCCAGAGGGAGAGGAGAGCGAGCUCCAAGCCGUGGAGAAGCUCCAAGGAGCGCCCAGAGGUGCUCGGAGAUGGAGGAGGAGGGCGCUGAGGAGUUGCAGGAGCUCCGAGGCUCGGAGGCGGCGCGGAGGUUUGUAAAUAAAGGAUUUCCGAUUUUC